AUGCUUGUGAAAUCUCGAAAUCGAACACGACUCACCACUCAGAAGGUCCGGCAAAUCAAAGCUGAUCGCAACAACCAGGGUCUUCGAGUCCACGUGAAUGAGGUCUAUGGGCCAAAAGCACUUGCGACUCGUGCCGUCAAGGCCCGUGGAGAGCAGCGUGCCCGACUUCAAGCAAUGUCUCCUGAGGAGCGCCGCAGGCUUGAGGCACUUGCUCAGCAGCAGGCCGGUAACAGCGCGUUUGACAGCAUGGACUAUGGCGACGACAACGCGGACUUCGACAACAUCUUAGAUGGCACUCACCCAAUUGACAUCAGUCAUGCGGGAGGCGAGUUUGAGGAUCUCGCAAGAGAGAUAUAUGGGGACCUUUGGACUCCAAAAUCUUCAAGCAAACAAACACGCCGUGUGGAUCAUCGGACUCGCAGAGAUCGCAUUCAGCGCCGUCAUGGGUUUCGGGGCUUCUUGGAGGUUCAUAGGAAUCAGUGUUCACAUGUGGACCCUAACUCGGGCUCUUGGGAUGUUCAAGUCGUCGACAUUUUUUACGCUGAGAAGGUCUCGGUAACUAUCGCAUCAACCGACCACUUCAUUGCGUCUGCUCUCGUCCGCCAUGGCGUCAUCCCCUGCUCCCCAAUAUCACCAUCUGUCGCCAUUUCCAUAGAUGCGCUGGAACUAUACCGCGUUGCUCGGUUGCGCAGUCCUCACUUCUCUAUCCAAGCAUUUGUGAAGUCCAUUUGUGAUUUGCAUGGAACUGUCUUUCAUAGGUACCUAUCACGCCAAUUUUCGAUAUCAUUUGACCUCUAUCUGCAAUUGCGCACUCGCGUGGAUUCUCUCGUCAACGCUACAAUUCAUCGCAACUCUCCCGACUGGCGUUUGAGGAACGCUUGCCCCUGCUGCACGUAUGAGCUGCAAAACGAGCCCGCAAUGACUUUCCGCCUGCUCUAUGCCAUGGAUGGCAACGACUCACUCAAGAGGGUCUCGCGACGACUGAUAGGUGCCGACGGAGACUAUUCGGGGCCCUCAAUCGAACUUCCUACGACACAGCGGGUGUGCAACGACCGGUAUCUUUCUCGUGAGUAUGUUAACGAGUGGGCGAAUCCAUCACAACACGACGAGGAUUCGGUCGAGCCUUCCGAUGACGAGAACCCCUGUGCUGGGCGAUGGAAGAAUAUGGAUGAUGAGAAGACGAAGAGAUCUUGGGGGGUAUAUGAUGAAACGGGGGUUUUCGUUGCCGUGUGUCGCCAUGGUUUCUGUCUGCUCAUUGCCGACAUGGUCCAAAGUGGUGAACUUGCUAAAUAUCCGCUCUCUGUUGUCGCCAAGCUGCUUGAUGCCUUUGGCACAGAUUUGGGCAGCGGUUAUGAUAUCGGGUGUCAGUUCAAGACCACGCUCGAUAAUAGCGCAUUAGGUCCCUGUGCUCAAUCACUUCGUCAUACUUGUCUGGUUGGAGCCUUCCACGGACACGCACAUAAACGCCUCUGCCAGUUAUAUCAUCUCGCAACGUAUGUGUCAGGUCUUGGUCUCGAAGAUCUCGAGACUUGUGAACGUACGUUCUCGAAAUCUAACGCUCUAGCCUCAACACUGCGUUAUGCCAGUGUAUUCCACCGCCAGCAGCUCAUCGCAAUGUACUUCGAGCAUAACGAUGAAUAUGAAGUCUAUCCAAGUCUUGGAAAUUUUUUAUAUAAUAACUACAAGCAGGCGCUGAACAUCCUCUCAGAUGGUGAAAUCAACCUCAAGAAGCUCAUGCAAGACAUUCACAUCCCGGAUGAGUCUGUAUUCGAACGGUGGUUACAAGAGGAAAGGGAUUACCUUCACGGCCUGCGCAGUGAGCCAGAGCACGAGACACUGCAAAUGGAAUAUUGGCAGAAGUUAGUAAACCUCGCUGCCAGCCAGAAUAACCUUGAUAGUGCAAGAUCCAUCUGGGCGUCUGCAACACCCGCGAGCGCUUCAUUUAGCAUGGCAGAUGCUGCCGCAACUCGCAGAAUGGAGACGGCUCGUAGACAUACCCUCGAACUUUUCGAGAAGGAUCUCACAACCGUGCAAGAACUCGAGAACAAGCUCGAUAUUGUGCGUAGGUGGGUUCCUGAUGAUCCUGAGUGGCAGAAUGCUGGACGGAUGGUCGCCAAAAGAAGAUAUCAGCGUGCUCUCGAUACGUUAGAAGGUUUAGUUGUUGCUCGAAUCUUUGAAUUGACAAAAAUGAACCGCUCUGGUACAGGCUACAAAUUGCGCAAGCACAUUGCAAAGGCUUUGCAGACUCGUUCCGCAGCCAUUCGCACAGCUCUCGACCGGUACAAUACCGCAGCGCUUGCACUCACUCCACCCCGUCGAACUCUUAAAUGGGACGAAGUCAUCGAAUACGCAUUCCUGGCCGACUUUGACUUACUACGUGAUGCUCGGGAAGAUGUAUCAGAGCGUCCGUGGGCAACGCCGGCCUCUUGUCAAGCGAUGGAUUUAUAUUUCAAGAUGUGUCGUGCCAAGGAGGAGAUAGUUCGCCUCAACGUCGAGAUUCAAUGUCUCGUAACAUACAUUCGAGACGAGGACCGCUACCUACGUGCUUGUGAGGCACAAACGAUGCCCUUAGAACCUGCACUCUCUUACCAGAUUGGCGCUCGACGCUUGGCACGUGGGAGAGCUAAUGGUCAUCUUUUGCAGCGUUUAGCAGAUAUUGCCGAGCUCCCUGGAUUCAGCGGUUGCAUCAUCCCUGGAGAAAGUUCCAAAUCUUCUCCUGGUGACAGCGCCAGCACACCACACAUUCAAGUUUCAUCUCACAUCCGCAUGCACCACGCCGCAAGACAAUCUCCCAUUAUCCCGUCUCAUUUGGAUGUCCUAGAAACCCUGGAGGAACUGGAGGAGGAAGAGGAGGAUUCAGAAACAGUAGAAGAGGCUGCGCAGGCCCUACAUGAUGUUCUUAGGGUCUCUGCGGAUUGA